ACAUGAGCAACUGUGUAUGAAGUUGUGUUUUAGGGAUCAGCAUCAAUUCAGAGAUGCUUUGUUGAAUUUGCACAUCACUCAGGCCAGGAAUUUUAAGUAUCACAGGAAUUCAGAUCAGAGGAUAAUUGUUGAGUGUCCAGAUAAACAAUGCCAGUUCUUUAUGGUGGCAGCAGUUAUAAAAGGCGAGAAAACCUUUGUAAUAAAGAAGAUGAGACUAGAGCACACUUGCCCUAGUACCACUGAGACCACCAGGGUUAGUGCUAAGUGGCUAGCACAGAAAUAUGAGCAUCUCUUCAGAUCUGAUAUAACUACUGGUAUUCAGACAAUAAUUGAUGCAAGCAUGGAAAAAUAUGGUGUAGAUGUGCCCAAGUGCAUGGCAUAUAGGGCAAAGAACAUAGCUAUUGAAGCUGUCUUAGGAGAUCACAAGAAGCAAUAUCCUAGGCUUAAAGACUAUGCUCAGACUGUCAUGGACACAAACCCUGGGAGUAGAGUAAUAGUCACUACUGUUACUCCAGUACCAAAUGCAAAAAUACCCCACCCAGGCCCAAGAUUCCAUGCCAUGUUCUUUUGCCUGAAUGGAGCAAGGGAGGGGUUUCUCAAUGGGUGUAGGCCAUUCAUUGGUGUUGAUGGAUGCUUCAUUAAGCUCACUACAGGAGCUCAACUCCUUGCUGCCACUGGUAGAGAUGGCAACAACAACAUAUAUCCACUGGCAUUUGGCAUAGUUGGACAAGAGGACACACCUAGUUGGUGUUGGUUUCUACACCAACUGAAAAUUUGCCUAGGUGGAGAAGUGGGCAAGUUUGGACCUUGUACUAUAAUGUCAGAUAGACAAAAGGUAUGUGUUUGCACAUUUCAUUUUGUUUUGCACAAGUGUUAACAGUAGCUAAGGGUU